AUGGAACAACCUAAAUAUCCUCUAUACCUUUAUUGGAAUGGUGAAUUAUCUCAAAAUGAUGUUUAUAUUGUGUAUAGAGGUGGAAGGAAAACAAUUUUGUUCAUCAAUUCCGGUAUGAUGUUUCAAGAGAUUCUGAAUAGGGUAUAUGACCUUGUUGAAUGUGAUCAUAUGUAUGUGGAACUGAAAUUGUUUAUGAGAUAUCCGAUGCCGGGGAAAUAUGUGCCAAUUGCACUAGAGGAUGACGAGUCACUGAGUGCUAUGUGGCUUUCAGUGACACAAACGUCAGCCAUGGCAAUGGAGGUGUACAUUGAACAAGUUCCCAAGGAGACAAAUCUUCGAAGUAAUGUGGGUUAUGUACCUACAAUGGACUUUAGGGAUAGCAUGGAGGUAGCGACAUCAGCUCCUACUAUGCAAUUUGAAUCAUUUACUAGCAUGUUGUCAGACCCACAUUAUGUCAAUCAGCACAUGAAUGAGUUUAGUUCUCCUGGUUCGUCUCCCCACAUACCAUCCACAUUCCAUCUCGACACUCUACAUCAAAAUGAUGUUGAUUUUUUGGGAAAUGAGGAGGAGCAUGUGGAUUCUUAUAGGCAUGAGGAUGAUGAUGCAAGUGAAAUAGCUGACAAGGCAAUAAAGGCUGGUGUUUCUUCACAAGAUUGGUUUAGAGUUGACGAAGUUGAUCAAAGGUUAAUAGAUUCAUGGAUGACUUGGAAUUGCGCUGGUUCAUUGACUGUGGCUUCUGAAUUUAAGAUAGGACAAGAGUUUGCCUCAUUGCAGCAAUUAAAGAAUUUUAUGAAAGCAUGGUCGAUCUCUAGAAACCAGAUGUUUUGGGUGUUAGAGUCAGAGCCCACAAAGUAUGUCAUUGAAUGUGCCAGAAAGGAAGUGUGUCACUGUCCAUGGAGGUUGCGUGCAAUCAUGACUAAGUCAUUCUCAUUCAAAAUUGUACGAUAUGUUGGUCCACAUGCAAGCAAUUGUUUGGGAGACAUAACAUGUGGAGACCAUCCUCUCAUUUCAUCAGAUUUCGUUGCUGAUCUUAUCGAGGAUUUCAUUAGGGUUGAUCCUUCAUUCAAAGUUCAGUCCAUCUUGACUUUUGUGAAGAACCAAUAUCAAUUUUCAAUAACAUAUAAGAGAGCUUGGUUAGCCAAACAAAAGGCAAUAAGCAAUAUUUUUGGUGAUUGGGAUAAGUCGUAUCAAAAGUUACCUAGGUACUUGCAAGCCUUGAAAGAGUCCAAUCGAGGCACUGUUGUUUAUUGGUGUACGAUCCCAACACAAGAUCCUACUAUGCACAUCUUUAAGAGGGUCUUCUGGGCCUUUAAACCCUCCAUUACCGGAUUCCGUCAUUGUCAGCCUCUUAUCACUAUAGAUGGUACUCACUUGUACGGGAAAUACAAAGGCAAAUUAUUGAUUGCUAUGGGAAUAUAUGCUAAUUUCCAGCUAUUUCCACUUGCAUUUGCUGUUGUGGAGGAAGAAAUCACGGAGGACUGGUCUUGGUUUUUAGCUUGCUUUAGACGUUCUAUCACAAAUAGAAAGGAUUUGUGUGUCAUCUCUGAUCGUCAUAAGGGUAUCCUUGCAGCUAUGAACGAGCCUCAAAGUGGAUGGGAAGAACCAUAUGCACAUCACCGAUUUUAUGUGCGACAUCUUGCUUCGAACUUGAAUACGAAGUAUAAGAAUGCUGCCAUCAAGAAUCUAUUCGGAAAAAGCUGCAUAUGCUAG